AUGAGUGAAACAAUUCCAGAAACAACAGAAACAAACCAGCCUACAAAUCAAGCUCAAAACAAAGCACCUGCUAAAGGAAUAGAAGAUCCUACCAUCAAUGAAAAAGCAAAUCAAUUUAUGAACUUUGUUUACGACUCUCCGACAUCACUUCAUUGCAGAGAAAAUAUUAUUAACAUUCUUAAGAAAAGCGGCUACACAGAACUUGAAGAAACUUCUUCAUGGGGAGAAAUUCCAAAUAAAUUCUACGUCAAAAGAGGUUUUGGCAAUUUAAUAGCUGUCGACAAGAAUGAUUUAUCCAAAGCAACAAUCGUUCUCGCUAAAUCAGAUUAUCCUUGCUUUAAAGUUUCCCAAAAUUCUUAUCGUCAAAGCGCUUUGUGUGAGCAAUUACGCACAGAUCCAGUUGGAAAUGGCCUCUGGUUCUCAUGGACAGAUAGAGAUUUAAGAAUUGCUGGCCAAGCUCAAAUUAAAGAUGAAGAAGGAAAAUUAUUAACAAAGAAUUUCAAGUCUGAUGUUCCUGUAGCUGUUAUACCAUCAUUGGCUAUCCAUUUAGCAUCAGGAAGUGGCGUUAAACCAGUAUUUAAAUUAAAUCAACAUUUCUUCCCGAUUGUAGCUCUUUCUAAGGGCAAAUCAAGGAAGAACACAGAACAAUCUCCAGUUCUCAUGGCAUUUAUCGCACAAUUAUGCAAUACAAACCCCGAAAAUAUUCAAUCAUUCGAUGUUUACCUUUCAGAUUACGAAAGACCAGAAAAAGUCGGCAUAGAAGAGGAGUUUGUUGUUGGACAAGGCAUUGUCGGUCCAGGAACAGCAUAUUCUGCAUUCCAAGGCUUCAUUUCUUCCGAAUCUCCUUCAAAAGGUAUGAAAGUAUUCACUUUACUCGAGGAAUCCUCAUUUAAGUCAGAUUUCCUUUCAUCCACCCUCAAGAGAAUUGGUGUUCCCCCCUCUUUUUAUCAAAUUUCUUUUCUUGUCACUGUUUCUGGCCUUCCUGGUGUUCAUCCGAACUUUUCGAAGGACACAGAUGGUUCGAACACGAUCGGUCUUGGCAAGGGAAUCAUGUACAACUGGAGCGGAGACAUGAAUACUGCAUCUAUCGUAUCUGGCAUCGCUAAACUCCUUAAUAUUGCUUCUAAGGCAGAUAAGAUUAUUAAUAAGAACAUAUCUACUUCCAAGAAUGACUCUUUGGCCGUUGAUUUGACUGCAAAAGUCGGAAUUCCUUCUGUUGAGAUUUCUCUUCCUGUUCUUGGCGUUGGAUCAAUUAGAGAAAUGAUCCAUAAGAAUGACAUCCCAACAUUGAUUGAUUUCGUUAGAUGCAUCUAUCACUUUAAUGUGUAA